ACUCGGGCCAAUUGGCGCUGGCUUCCGGUCUGCACGGAUGCGUCUGCGCGUUUGGCACAUGCGCAGAUGGCUCCCGGGGAGCUUGCGCAGGAGGAGGACGCGGGGGCUACGCUGGCAUCGGGCGGGGACCCGCGGGCCGUGGAUGCUCCCCCGUCCCGAGAGUCCUCCAGCAGGCAGGCCGCCAUGUCCGCGUUCAGGCAGGAAGAUGUCGAGGACCACUAUGAGAUGGGAGAAGAGCUGGGCAGCGGCCAGUUCGCCAUCGUGCGCAAGUGCCAGCAGAAGGGCACGGGCAUGGAGUACGCGGCCAAGUUCAUCAAGAAGCGGCGCCUGCCGUCCAGCCGGCGCGGUGUGAGCCGGGAGGAGAUCGAGCGCGAGGUGAGCAUCCUGCGCGAGAUCCGCCACCCCAACAUCAUCACGCUGCACGACGUGUUCGAGAACAAGACGGACGUGGUGCUCAUCCUGGAGCUGGUGUCCGGCGGCGAGCUCUUCGACUUCCUGGCCGAGAAGGAGUCGCUGACGGAGGACGAGGCCACGCAGUUCCUCAAGCAGAUCCUGGACGGCGUCCACUACCUGCACUCCAAGCGCAUCGCGCACUUCGACCUGAAGCCUGAGAACAUCAUGCUGCUGGACAAGCACGCGGCCAGCCCGCGCAUCAAGCUCAUCGACUUCGGCAUCGCGCACAGGAUCGAGGCUGGCAGCGAAUUCAAGAACAUCUUCGGCACGCCCGAGUUCGUGGCUCCCGAGAUCGUCAACUACGAGCCGCUGGGCUUGGAGGCUGACAUGUGGAGCAUCGGCGUCAUCACCUACAUCCUCCUGAGCGGGGCGUCCCCGUUCCUGGGGGAGACCAAGCAGGAGACGCUGACCAACAUCUCGGCGGUGAACUACGACUUCGACGAGGAGUACUUCAGCAGCACCAGCGAGCUGGCCAAGGACUUCAUCCGCAGGCUGCUGGUCAAAGACCCCAAGAGGAGGAUGACCAUCGCACAGAGCCUGGAGCACUCCUGGAUCAAGGUGCGCAGGCGCGAGGACGGCGCCCGGAAGCCGGAGCGGCGGCGGCUGCGCGCGGCGCGCCUGCGCGAGUACAGCCUCAAGUCGCACUCGAGCAUGCCGCGCAACACGAGCUACGCCAGCUUCGAGCGCUUCUCGCGCGUGCUGGAGGACGUGGCGGCGGCGGAGCAGGGGCUGCGGGAGCUGCAGCGGGGCCGGCGCCAGUGCCGGGAGCGCGUGUGCGUGCUGAGUGAGGUCCUCAAAUUAAUGAAGAAGCGGAGUGGGGGGCGGGGGCGUUGGCAAGAUGGCCGCCAAGUCUGA